AUGAUUUCUGGCAUUGCCUCUUUGUGCUUGACAUGUUCUAUCUUCGACUUUAUUGUAAUGCGAGAGAUGUACUAUACUGUUCCCGAUACGAAACUGCUGAUUCCAACCGAGAUGUCGUGGUGGUUCUAUGGCACAUCGAUACUCUGCGUAGUACUCUCUACUUUCACUGUGAUUGCCAGCACGACUUCUGGAGCUAUUCAACGAUUUGCCGAAAACAGCCCACAAAUAUUUUGCUUUUUGCAUGGAGGAUUCUUGUGCGCAUCGAGCAUUCUGUGUGCGUUCUGCACAUUCUUGGCGAUGCAGAUGUCAGAAAGCGUUGGCAAGUACGCCUUCCAGGCUCACCCGAAGCAGUUCCAAGAUGCAUCUCAUUGGUAUUUUGCCCGCCUUAGGGCUUCAGCGGUUGGUUUUUUUGCUCGUCCGAUAAAUUGUUAA